AUGACUCCCUUUAUCGAAUAUCUUGAAUUCAAAAUCCUUCAUGAGGAGCAAAAGGAGGCUAAAAGAAUUCAGAGGGAAAUACAAAACUGCACAUUAGUACAUAAUGCCCUUUAUAGAAGGGGAGUGUCCACACCCUUGCUGAAAUGUGUUCCGACCUGCAAAACUGAAGAGGUCUUGGAAGAAGUGCAUAAUGGCAUAUGUGAAAACCAUCUUGGAGCUCGGUCCCUAGCUAGAAAAGUGAUCCGAGCCAGAUUCUUUUGGCCUACCUUACAAAAAGAUGUGACCGACUUUGUCAGAAAAUGUCCACCUUGCCAGAUGCAUGCCAACUUCCGAAUUGCUCCCCCAGAAGAACUCAUUAGCAUAACCUCUCCAUGGCCUUUUGCGAAAUUGGGGUUGGACCUACUCGGACUUUUCCCUAAGCCGCUGGACAAGUUAAGUACCUCAUCGCCGGAGUGGACUACUUCACCAAAUGGAUAG